AUGGUGGCAUCGACUAUGUUCGUGGUUUCUCCGAUCAAUAAAGCAGCGGCGCGUUCGGCGAUCUUGGUCUUCAACUGUGGAGGUCGCACCUCCACCGGAAACGACCACAGCGACUAUCGUUCCCGGUUCACCUGUCGGUCUUCGGUAUCUCCACCCAUGGCAGACGUCGUUGGCGGUCUUGAGGGGGAAGGCAAUCACCUUCAAAUUAGAGUGGUGGCUGGACAGAGAGGGUCGACGGAAGCAGCAUUCGGAGGUGGCGAUGGUUCACAGCAGUGGCAGCAACGAGGCGGUGGUCGGUGUCGGGUGGCUAGCGAUAGCAGCUCUGCUGCCUCAUUCCCUUUGCGUCUGGCAGCACACGACGAGGAAUACGAGGGAGGAGGGGAGAGUUUGGUGGUGGUCAAAAACUGUGGUGGUAGGAGGGUAAUGACGACCACAAGAAGUGGCGGCCGUGGGUGGCAGAGGUUGCUCCGACAGCCUCUUGCUGUUGUGUCCAGGUUUCUGCUUGACGAGAAUGACGAGAGGCGUAUAUGGGAAGGUGACAGGGGGUCGGAGUAG